AUGGUCUUGCUGUGGAAGCCGUGGCGCUCCCACACCAAAAGCCUUCGAAUUUCGCAGACAUCCGCGCGGUUCAAUUUUUCCGAUGCGUGGCCCCCGGGUGUCCCAGGAGGCGUGGACAACUUCUUCCCCAGGGCCGUUUUUCCGUCUGGGUCGGUUUUUGACGGUCCAUGGGCCCAGGACCGGCGUCCAGAGGCCGAAAAUGACUCCGAACUGGCCGCUCUUAUUUUUUCGGAGCGCCGGAUCUCUGAUUACUGGCGGCUCGAUCUUCGAGGUUCUUGGUUUGUGGACGUUUUUCGCCCUCGUCGGGCUUCCCGGCGGGGGCCCGAGAAGGGCAUCUUCGGGCUUAUGGGGGCCUAUCCGGCGCUGUUUCGUCUCAAGCCGGUCCUGAGGUCUUUCUCGGGAUGCGACGGUCAAAUGCGAAUGGUCAGUGCGACCUCCCUCCACUGGUGCCGGGCCUGACAUACACGCAGGUUGUAUUGCUUAUGAGCGACGGCGUCGCCGUGACAUGCUGCAACAAUGAUGACAGUCUGUGCGACGUCCCCGCGCUGUCCGCGGAUCUGACCUACACGCAGGUUGCCGCUGGAUUGUGCAACACCGUUCUGCUCAGGAGCGAGGGCUCUGCCGUGGCGUGCGGUAGAAAUACUGGUGGUCAGGGCGAUCUCCUUCAGCUGGUUCGGGACCUGAUGGACACGCAGGUUGUCGCUGGGUUCUGCAACACCGUUCUGCUCAGGAGCGAGGGCUCCGCCGUGGCGUGCGGUAGAAAUACUGUUGGUGAGUGCGAUCUCCUUCAGCUGGUCGUGGACGUGACCUACACGCAGGUUGUCACUGGAUUGUGCAACACCGUUCUGCUUAGGAGCGAGGGCUUCGCCGUGGCGUGCGGUACGAAUACUGGUGGUCAGUGCGACCUCCCUCAGCUGGUUCGGGAUUUGACCUACACGCAGGUUGCGGCUGGAGUGUGCAACACCGUUCUGCUCAGGAGCGAGGGCUCCGCCGUGGCGUGCGGUAGGCAUUCUGUUGAUCAGUGCGACCUCCCUCAGCUGGUCGUGGACCUGACCUACACGCGAGUUGCCGCUGGAUUGUGCAACACCGUUCUGCUCAGUAGCGAGGGCUACGCCAUGGCGUGCGGUAGGAAUAUUGGUGGUCAGUGCGACUUCCCUCAGCUUGUCGUGGACGUGACCUACAUGCAGGUUGUCGCUGGAUUGUGCAACACCGUUCUUCUCAGGAGCGAGGGCUCCGCUGAGGCGUUCGGUUGGAAUACUGUUGGUCCGUGCGACCUCUCUCAGCUGGUUCGGGACCUGAUGUACACGCAGGUUGUCGCUGGAUUGUGCAACACCGUUCAGCUUAGGAGCGAGGGCUCCGCCGUGGCGUGCGGUAGGACUACUGGCGGUCAGUGUGACCUCUCUGAGCCUGUCGUGGACGUGACCUACACGCAGGUUGCCGCCGGACUUCACUACCCCGUCCUGCUCAGGACCGACGGCGUCGCCGUGCUAUGCUGCUGGAAUGAUGACAGUCUGCGUGACCUCCCCGCGCUGUCCGUGGAUCUGACCUACACGCAGGUUACCGCUGGAUUGUUCAACACAGUUCUGCUCAGGAGCGAGGGCUCCGCCGUGGCGUGCGGUAUGGAUACUGUUGGUCAGUGCGACUUCCCUCAGCUGGUCGCGGACGUGACCUACUCGCAGGUUGUCGCUGGAUCGUGCAACACCGUUCUGCUCAGGAGCGAGGGCUUCGCCGUGGCGUGCGGUAGAGAUAGUGCCUAUCAGUGCGACCUCCCUCAGCUGGUCGUGGAUCUUUCCUAUACGCAGGUUGUCGCUGGAUUGUGCAACACCGUUCUGCUCAGGAGCGAGGGCUACGCCGUGGCGUGCGGAAGGAAUACUGGAGGUGGGGGCGACCUCCCUCAGCUGGUCGUGGGCAUGGCCUUCACGCAGGUUGUCGGUGGAUUGUGCGACACCGUGCUGCUCAGGAGCGACUUCUCCGCCGUGGCGUGCGGCAGGGAUACUGGUGGUCAGUGCGCCCUCCCUCAGCUGGUCCUGGACCUGACUUAUACGCAGGUUGCCGCUGGACUUCACUACCCUGGCUUGCUCAGGAGCGACGGCGUCGCCGUGCCAUGCGGCUGGAAUGAUGACAGCCUGCGCGACCUCCCCGCGCUGUCCGUGGAUCUGACCUACACGCAGGUUGCCGCUGGAUUGUGCAACACCGUUCUGCUCAGGAGCGGGGGCUCCGCCGUGGCGUGCGUUAGUACUUCUGGUGGUAAGUGCGACCUCCCUCAGCUUGUCCCGGACCUGACCUACACGCAGGUUGCCUCUGGACUGUUUCCAGCUCAGGACCCUGGGAUGACGAAGGCGGGCUGCGAUGACCUUAAUGAGCUGUGCGCAAAGGUGGGGGGGACCUGCCCGGACCCCGUUCCCCCAUGGGGGGACCGGGGCCCCCGGCGGCUUCCAGACGCCGCCAAAAUGCUUCCGGACUGCCUCGAGACAGCCCCAGAAGGCCCCCAAGAUCGUUCACGAGAGCCCCGAGACGCCCAAAGAUCGCUCCAAGAUGCCCAAGAUGGCCCCAAGACAGCCCAAGAGGCCUCCUAG